AUGGCCCAUGUUCGCGAGCGAUCUCUUUCACCUGAGCUUUCUUCAGAUUCGCUUCUAAAGCGAUUAAAAACGACACAUUCCUCGUCGACAUCGACCGUGGACCAUCGGUUGCGCUUCGAUCCUGGUCUCUUUGGGCCAGAAAAUGUGCAGAAAUUGCAUCAGGAUUACGCUGACAGUGAACCGUUCAAAUAUGCGAUUAUCGAAAAGCUUUUCCAGGAUGAUCUUCUCAAGAAUGUGAAGGAUGAAUGUAUGAAGGAGCUGAGCUUCACUGAGAAGGAGACAGACAUAUACAAGGUAAAUCAAACCGGAGACCUUGCAUCACUCUCGUACCUCUCUGAGGCUCAACUUGCACUUUUUCCAAACCUCCUCGCUCUCCGCGAUGCACUCUAUUCUUCAGAGUUUCGCAAGUUCAUUCAAGCUGUCACUGGGUGUGGACCACUCUCCGGAACGAAACAGGACAUGUCUGUCAACUCGUACACGCAGGGGUGUCACCUACUUAACCACGACGAUGUGAUUGGAACCAGGCGGGUAUCGUACAUCCUCUAUAUGCCCCUACCAUACAGCCAGGAAUGGCAAAAAGAAUGGGGAGGUGCUUUAGAAUUGUAUCCUGUUCAAACUGGCGCCGAUGGGAUCCCUGAGCCCGAGGCUGCACCAUGCAAAGCUAUCCCUCCAAGCUGGAAUCAAUUCAUUUUCUUCGAAGUGCAACCAGGCAAAAGCUUCCAUUCUGUAGAAGAGGUGGUAGUAGGAGGGGAUGGCAGGGAAAGACUUAGCAUAAGUGGCUGGUUUCAUGUAGCACAGGAGGGUGAGGAGGGGUAUCAAGCUGAUCAAGCAGUUCCUGAGCUCAAAAGCUCACGAGAACAGUUGACAUCUAGCUCUACCACCUUUGUUGCAUAUCCCGACUUGGAGUCACUCUAUCCAGAUGGACCGCUCCGAAGAGAAUAUAUCUCCUACCUCUCAAAGUUCCUAAACCCAGUUUACCUUCAAACACGCACGAUGAAGGCAUUGAUGGCACGUUUUGUCGUGGAAUCGAGUAUUGAACUUCACCAUUUCCUUUCCGCGUCUCUCGUAUCGAAACUUGAACCUGACCUGCGUAGGGCAGACGAAGCUGAUGGUCUUGAUGGUGAGACUCGCCAGGGGAGGAUACCACCGCACACUGCUGGCGUCUCUGGUGCAUGGUCUGCGCGAGGUCCACCACACAAAUGGCGUUACUGUACGCUUCAAAAAACAACGGAGCCCUUACGUGAAUCAGACACAAUCCUUCGUCAGUUGCAAGACGAAGUUUUCCCAAGUGAUGCGUUUCGCGCUUGGUUAAGCAUCAUGACGAAGUUGGUGCCGCUGAGCUAUGCCGUAGAAGCGCGAAGGUUUAGACCAGGCUUGGACUACACUCUUGCAACGAGCGAGGGGGACGAAUCGCGAUUGGACGUAGUGUUGGGAUUAACGCCACAAGUAGAAGUUGAAGAAAAUGAGACGCGAUCGAAUGGCAAGUCGAAGGCGGAUGAAAAAGACGAAGAGGACGAAAAGCCGCAUGGUUGGCAGGCUGGGGAGUGGGGAGGAUGGGAGUGUUACAUGGCGCCCCAUGACGAGGAUGAUGAUCCAGCAGUCUAUCGUUCUGGGUCGAGCAAAAAUCACCAAGUCAACGAUACUUCUGGCGAUGAUGACGAUGACGACGAGAGCACUUUGCUAACCAUUCAGCCUAGCUUUAACAGACUCCUUCUCGUCCUGCGGGACGAGGGCGUUAUGCGCUUUGUCAAGUACGUGUCAGCUGCUGCUGCAGGCUCUCGGUGGGAUAUCUGCGCUGAAUUCAACGUGGGGAUGGUUCAGGAUGAGGAGGAAGAUUCAUGA